CGGGCGGGACACGAUGAGCCGCGGCGAGUGAAGCAGGCGGGACGGCCGAGGGGAAGCCCGGUCCGGCGAGCGGGGUGCGCCACCUUGACCCCCUCUUCACCUCCAGGUGCACGGCGGCAGGCCGGUGCCCCUCCAGCCAUGCCGGUGGACCUGGCCGUGCGGCUCUGCCUGAGCCACUCGCCCCCCAUCUGCAAGCUGCUCAACUCCUACGAGGAGCUGCGGGGCGGCCGGGGGCGCAAACCCCUCCGGUCCUGCCUCAACCAGAAGCCGCAAGCGGAGCCCGAGCGGCGAGACAACAGCAAGGGCUGCAAGGGGCAGAAGAAGAAGAGAGUUGUGUUUGCUGACAUGAAGGGGCUCUCGCUGACGGCCGUCCGCUUCUUCUCCAAGAUCGAGGAGGACCUCUGUGACUUGCAGCACGCCCUGUCCGGCCUGGCCUCCCUGCGACCCGGGCCGCGGGACUCGCGCCCAGAAGCCUGCAGGUACGUGCUGGACUUCCCACAGCCCUCUGCAGACUACAAGACUUUCCGCAGCCGCCUGCAGAGCAACCUGGUGUGCCUGGAGAGCUGCCUGCUCCAGGACCGAGCCCUGUCCGGGACGGUGAAGGUCAGGAACAUCGAGUACGAGAAGCGGGUGGCGGUUCGCAUCAGCUCCGACGGCUGGAAGAGCUUCCGCGACGUCUGCUGCCAGUACAUGCACAGCACCUACGGCUCGGCCGACACAGACAUCUUCUCUUUCGAGCUGCUGCUGCCUAAGCCCUCCUGCUCCCACAGAGCCACCGAGUUCUGCAUCUCCUUCCAGUGCGGACAGAAGAUCCACUGGGACAACAACCAAGGGAGGAACUACAGGAUCUGCCCCGUGGGCGUGACCCGCCCUCCCUCUCACGCUGUGAAGCGUGCCAAUGGGGCCUGGGACCAGCUUGGCACCUCUCGGGCUGCUGCCCUGGUCCUGUCUCGCCUGCAGACCUGGCGGCAGUCUGAGGCCCAGGCUCCCUAUUGGUAGGCAAGCAGCCUGUAGAAGAGGUGUAGGUCCCUUGCACACCCUGGCUGUGGUACAGGGGUUUUCGAGGAGGGGUCAGCUGCAGAAGAUGCUGCUCAGAGCUUCUUUAGCUCCUCUGGUGGCUGCUGCUGUGCCAGCAGCUGCUCGCCUCUGCUGCAGCCUCCUCACUGCUGUUGCAAGGCGCAGGCUGGAAGCUGCC